AUGGCUCGUGUGCCAUCACAUCCAUCAGCCGGACACAACAACCCAUUGGUCAACCGUCUGGUCCGUGUUGGAUACUAUGAGCUGGAAAAGACAAUUGGCAAAGGCAACUUUGCUGUUGUCAAGCUGGCCAAACAUGUUGUCACAAACUCCAAGGUUGCCAUUAAAAUAAUUGACAAGACACAAUUAAAUGAGGAUAAUUUGAAAAAAAUAUUUAGGGAAAUUCAAAUCAUGUCAAAACUUAAUCAUCCACAUAUAGUGAGAUUAUUUCAGGUUAUGGAAACUGAAAAGAUGAUUUAUUUGGUAACAGAAUAUGCUGCUGGAGGAGAAAUUUUUGAUUUUCUGGUUAAAAAAGGAAGAAUGGAUGAACCUGCUGCUUGUCAUAUUUUUAAACAAAUAGUUGAAGCUGUUAGCUAUUGCCAUAAUAAAAAUAUAGUUCAUAGAGAUUUAAAAGCAGAAAAUUUGCUUUUAGACGCUGAUAACAACAUCAAACUUGCAGAUUUUGGAUUUAGCAAUCAUUUUUAUGAAGGAAAAUUACUUUCUACUUGGUGUGGUUCUCCUCCUUAUGCAGCACCAGAAUUAUUUCAAGGGCAAGAAUAUGAUGGACCAAAAGCUGAUAUUUGGAGUUUGGGUGUAGUACUGUAUGUAUUGGUUUGUGGUUCUCUUCCGUUUGAUGGAAACACACUAAAAGUACUUCGUGCUAAUGUUCUUUCUGGAAUGUUUCGUGUGCCAUAUUUCAUGUCAGCUGCAUGUGAACAUUUAAUACGACAUAUGUUAGUCAUUGAGCCUGAAAAGAGACUAAGUCUGAAUCAAAUAGAGUCUCAUAAAUGGAUUAAACAGUUGUCUGAACCAAUUACUAAAAGAUUAAUAGUAGAUGUAAACCCAAUGAUGAAUACAGCUGUAAUAGAACUUAUGUUACAAUUACCUGGUCUAGAUAAAGAUAUGAUUGUUAAUAAGUUUAGACAUUUUAUAACAAGACUGGUGCACUUUGGUGUAAGUGAACCUCUUUUAGUCGGGAUGACACCUAGGUGCUAG